CACACCCUCUGAAAUAAUGGACGGAAAAGCAUGUUUAUAUUGAUUAUUUGUAACAUGGUUGUCAUAACAACCGGUGUUGUAAUGGAACGUUGUAGGAUGGUGUGAUCAGACAGCUACAUUUGUUAGCAGGAUGAUCACACACAUGUUCCGUAAAGCCAGUUGCUUCUCACCGGGGCUGCGUCGCUUUUCUGGCCUGAAAGUGACCGAACAUGUGCCUGAGAGUCCAGCUUCCCCUCGUCUCACUGAACAGGCGUCAUUAUAUGUGCACUGGCCCUAUUGUCUCCGAAGGUGCACCUACUGCAAUUUUAACAAAUACGUAUCCAAAGAGAACAACGAAGACAUCAUGGCAAAGUGUCUUCAGAGGGAAACUGAGACAUUGCUGCAGCUCAGUCAAGUGUCCUGCAUCACAUCAGUUUUUUUUGGUGGUGGGACUCCAAGCCUGGCUCACCCAUCAACCAUCGCUAAGAUCCUUGAAACGGUUUCCAAGCAGGUGAAUCUCUCAGAUGAAGCUGAAGUCACACUGGAAGUAAAUCCUACCCCUGUGGGGAUGUCAAAGUUAAAAGACUACCACCAUGUUGGGGUGAACCGUUUCUCCAUUGGCGUCCAGUCUCUGCAGGACAAGGACCUGAAAAGUUUGGGAAGAGACCACAACUCCCUGGAUGCUUUGCAGACUCUGGCAGAGGCCAGGAAGCUGUGUCCAGGUGGGGUGUCGGUGGAUAUUAUGUUCGGACGCCCCAACCAAACAACUGACUUGUGGAGCAGAGAGUUGUCUGAAAUGCUGAGGGUGUGUGAUGACCAUGUGUCUCUGUACCAGCUGACCCUUGAGAGAGGUACUCAGCUGUUUAAACAGGUUCAGUCUGGACAAGUAACUAUGCCCACAGAGGAAAUGACAGCAGAGAUGUACCAAUGUGCCAGAACAACUCUCCAGCAGCAUGGCUUUCAGCAGUAUGAAGUGUCUAACUUUGCUAAAAAUAAUUCAGAGAGUCGUCACAACCUGAGCUACUGGAAGGGAAAACAGUACAUUGGUGUUGGCCCUGGAGCACAUGGACGUUUUGUUCCCCUGGGGGAGGGAGGCGUUACCCGUGAGGCCCGGACACAGACCCUGGAGCCAGAUGUGUGGAUCCGCGAAGUCCAGCAGCGAGGACAUGGGACAAGGAGGCGGAUCCAGCUGGGCCAUCUUGAACUAUUAGAGGAGGUGCUAGUGAUGGGAAUGAGAAUGACCAAGGGCAUUAAUCACAAGCACUGGGAGCUGUUUAGCCCUGAAUUAAGUCUUCUUGAAAUAUUUGGUGGAUCUCUUGCUGUCCAAGAGCUGCUGCAGAGUGGACUCCUGAUUCUUGAUGACAGGGGUUUGAGAUGUUCCUGGGAUGGUCUGGCCUUAUUGGACAGCAUGCUUCCUGUUUUGCUGGUGGAACUGGAUAGAAUUUUUCCCCAAAAGCUGGCAGCUAACUGACAAUGAAGAUCUAUAACUCUUUAAAUCACAACCAUGUAAAAAAAAAAACAAGAAUUUGCACAAUCUGUUGAAUUGUCUAAACAUGACAGCUAUGUGUAAAAGAAUAAACUAUUUGUUUUAAAAAUAUGUCAGAUUUGAUACAAUCUGGGUUUUUUUUUAGAAAUACUCAAAUAUUUUUCUUCUGCUUUAUGUUUUUUUAAUGAAUAAUCUUUUGUAACCCUCUAUGCAGAUUUAACAGGAUAUUAGAUGUUAGUUUAAAAAGUCUGUUUUAUAUCUUCAUUUCUUUUCUUGCAGUCUUUUUAAGGUUAUUUUAAAUACAACAAGAAUAUGUUUGAUUUUAGACACUUUUUGUAAUAUUUGCUGCUUUAUUGGUGGAGAUAAUACUAGUGCCUGGAGUACUAUAUAAUUAACUUAGAUUGGUUAAAAACAAUACUAUAUUUGGAUGCUACAUUUAUGUACUAUAAUGCCUUGUAGAAGUAGACAACCAUUUAAGACUUUCCACUUUGUUAUGUAACAUCCAAAAACUUUUGUGUAUAGUUUUGUGAUUUUUUUUUUCCCUUUUCUGAUAGAGCAUUCUAUUUAUUACAGAAUUCAAAUGAAUGCAGAAACCUGGUAAGAAAUAAUGAAUGUUUUACUUAAACAUAAAACAUGUUUAUGUUUUAUGAUAGAUCAAUGGAUUUUUUAUCAUUGAAAAAUCCAUCAUUUCUGAAUGAUGGAUUUUGAUCAUUGAACAUCCAUGAUCAUCUGUACUCUUUGUCCAAUCUAACUGGACAUACCCCAGAAAAUUAACUACUGAUUUUUGUAAAUGUAUGUAUUUUGAAAAUAAAAAU